GGCGAUGCCUCACAUUUACGUUACACUACCCGUAUCAUAUCAGAAAACGAAAAUUUGUGACACGAUAACGAAAACACAAAACAGAGAAGACGAAAGAACGGCGUUAUAAGCUAAUGCCGCUUACCGAGCGAAACCGGAAGUACUUGCGGGAUUCUCCUCUCGCACCUGCUCAGUCCUCUGCGCCGUCGUCCAAGAAUGGCCGCUGCUGCAGCAGGAAUAAACAAGCAGGGCGCCGUAGCGACGAUGGAGCCCUGUAUCCGACACGGGAGGGGAGCUCAUGGAAACACGGUCAAGGUGCUGGAGUGUGGUGUAUGCGAGGACGUCUUCUCUCUCCAGGGGGACAAGGUCCCUCGUCUCCUGCUCUGUGGUCACACAGUGUGCCAUGAUUGUCUAACCCGGCUGCCCCUCCAUGGUAGAGCGGUCCGCUGCCCCUUUGACAGACAGGUCACUGAGCUGGGGGACUCUGGAGUUUGGGGUCUGAAGAAGAACUUUGCUCUGCUUGAACUCUUGGAGCGACUCCAGAAUGGAGCUACCAACCAGUCGGGAAUGGCGGAGGAUGCCCUGAGAGGCAUGGGAGAAUGUAUAAUCCGAUGUGAUGAGGACGAGAGCCACACGGCCUCCAUGUACUGCACCGUGUGUGCCACCCACCUGUGUGCCGAGUGCUCCCAGCUCACCCACUCCACCCGCACGCUGGCCAAACACCGCCGGGUGCCGCUGGCUGACAAGCCUCACGAGAAGACUCUGUGCCCGCAGCAUCAGGUCCACGCCAUCGAGUUUGUCUGCCUGGAGGAGGCCUGUCAGUCUGGGCCGCUCAUGUGCUGUGUGUGUAAGGAGUACGGCAAGCACCAGGGACAUAAGCACGCUGUUCUUGAGACCGAAGCUAACCAGAUCCGUGCAUCCAUUCUGGACAUGGCCCACUGCAUCCGCACCUUCACAGAUGAAGUGUCCGAGUACUCAAGGAAGCUGGUGGGCAUCGUGCAGCAAAUAGAAGGUGGAGAGCAGAUAGUCGAGGACGGAGUAGGCAUGGCACACACUGAACACGUCCCCGGCACAGCAGAGAGCGCCCGCUCCUGUGUCCGAGCUUACUUCGCCGACCUUCACGAGACUCUGUGUCGGCAGGAGGAGAUGGCCCUGAGCGUGGUGGACGCUCACGUCAGGGAGAGGCUGAUCUGGCUGAGGCAGCAGCAGGAGGACAUGACCAUCCUGCUGUCCCAGGUCUCCACCGCCUGCCUGCACUGCGAGAAGACUCUUCAGCAGGAUGACUGCAGAGUUGUGCUGGCGAAGCAGGAGAUCAACUGUUUGCUGGAGACGCUUCAGAAGCAGCAGCACCAGUUCACAGAGCUGGCAGAUCACAUUCAGCUGGAUGCUGGCAUCCCCGUCACCUUCACCAAGGACAACCGGGUCCACAUCGGUCCGAAGAUGGAGAUCCGUGUAGUGACUCUCGGGCUGGAUGGAGCUGGGAAAACCACCAUCCUCUUCAAGCUGAAACAAGAUGAGUUCAUGCAACCCAUCCCAACCAUCGGUUUCAAUGUGGAGACGGUGGAAUAUAAGAACUUAAAAUUCACCAUCUGGGACGUGGGUGGAAAACAUAAGCUCCGACCCCUCUGGAAACACUAUUACCUGAACACUCAAGCGGUGGUGUUUGUGAUUGACAGCUGCCACAGGGACAGACUGAUGGAGGCGCACAGUGAGCUGGCCAAACUACUGACGGAGAAGGAGCUGAGAGACGCCUUGUUGCUCAUCUUUGCAAACAAACAGGACGUCCCGGGCGUCGUGUCUGUGGAGGAGAUGACGGAGCUGCUGAGCCUACACAAGCUGUGCUGCGGGAGGAGCUGGCACAUCCAGGGCUGCGACGCCCGCAGCGGGAUGGGCCUCCACGAGGGGCUGGAUUGGCUCUCCAGACAGCUGGUUGCCGCUGGUGUCCUGGACGUUGCCUAAAUGUAAAAAAAAAAAAAAAAAAAAAAC